AUAUUUUUCUCAAUCUCGUCCAAUAAUUGUUGAUUAUUUUCUCAUAACAAUACCAAUGCAUAAUUACGAGAAAAGGCUGUAAGAAUUGAUGAAAAGAUCUUUUAAAAUUACUUAGUUCUCUUAACUAAUUCGUUAAGGGAAUGCAUUGGGACCAGUCUGAUCCAGUAUGUGGAUACUGGGGCUUAAAGGUUUAAGAAAUAUAAAGCUUCUGUUUUCUUUUUUGGUAGCACAAACAAUAUUCAAUCCUGCCCCGGCCAUAGCAUGGCUAGAUCAUUAUUUUUACAGACUAAGUGAUGUAUUUUGUGUCAAUGAAAUUGAGGUAAGAUUUAGUCGUUAAUCCUUGAGAACAAACCAUCCUGCUUCCCACACAAUAUUGUUGUGGCUUUAUUCAGCACUUAGAAAAACACAAAUUAUAAUCAAAUAAUAAAACAUUUUUCUUUGGCAGAAGUUUAAUCAAGAAGUUUCACAGGGGGAGCAGGGAGGUGGGGGGGGGGGUAAGGGGUCACAAGUUGUCUCUGACAGCUGGAGGGGCCCUGGAGCAGAACCUUUUUCUUUUUGUCAGAGUUAAUAGGGAGAUUACACAACGAUGACAGCAAUGGCAAUGAGAACGGAAAAAAGCAAUAGGUUUAGAUUCGCAAAACAACUUUGCAUGUGCAUCAGGCUCGUUUGCACAUUUCUCUGCCGUCAUUGCACGAUUCCAAUGUGACACUGUCUAAUGUCACAUUUUGUUCAGGAUGUGAAAACAAAACAGCAACUUUCUUUUUCUUUUCCUGAACUUUGACACAGUCCUUUAGAAUUCAACUCCAAAAAAUAAUUGCCAACAUUUGAUGAAUUGAACAAGAUUGAAUAAGAGCAAUUAAGUUAGAGGCAGUGCAAAUUCACUUUAGAAGAGAUGUUUUUGCGGCUGUUGCAGUGGUUGUUGCGUAAACUCCCUAUUGUUCACACAGAAGUUCUAAAUUAGGAAGCAAAAGGGUCAAGAGGAAGUAGUGGGAGCAUUUGCUUCCUUCCAGGUACUCCGGUCUUCUCUCUCCUCAAAACCCAACAUUUCCAAAUUCCAAUUUGAUCUAGAAUGGUAGACAAAGAACUAAAUUGCGGAUUCAUUGCCACCUGACCAAAUUGUUAUUUGCUUAUAAUUUUAUCUAUAUUAACUCUUGAUUUUGCAGACCAGGCCCUGUGUUGUGACCAUUCUAUUCAAACCUAUACAGCAGUAACUUAUGACUCUAAAACAGAGAUUUACUCACUUUGACUAGUCACCAUACCUAAGUGGGUGCAGUGUGAUGUAUACCAUCUGAUGUUUCCUCUGUUAUAUAGUUGCAAGCAUGGCACAUUGUCUAAUUAACAAUUAUUCCUCGAGCCCGAAUGGGCUCUGAGUCAAUAGCCCAUGAGGCCGAAGACCAAAUAGGCUAUUGAUUCAGAGGCCAUGAGGGCGAGAGGAAUAAUUGUUUUAGUAAAAUCCAACUAGUUGGUAAAAAAUAUCGAGAUAAAACAACUUUAGCUAGUUAAAGCUAGACUUUAAUCCUUUUUUGCCGCCAAAAAGCCCAAGCUUUUCGCUACUAGUGGGCUAUAACAUAUAGCCUAGUAGUAGCUCAACCAAUCAGAAUGCAGCAUUGUUAAUAGUCCACUAGUUGGAUUUUACUAAAUUAAAUUAUGGCUGAUGGCAUUGUUCCUUUCCUAUUCAGGCUGAACUAUUAACAGGUUUGCCAGUGAAAACAGUAGACGAUGCCGAGAAGGCUGUUAUCAUGUUACUAGACAGAGGAGCAGGACGGGUGGUAGUUACCUUGGGCAGGAAAGGCUCUGUUAUAGGGACGAAAGAAAACCCCAUGCCAAAACACAUACCCAUCAAACCUGCUGAUCCUGUUGAUACCACAGUAAGUUUGAUAAUAUCGUAUUUUUGAUCUGGCCCCGGUUGUUCAAACGUUGGAUAGUGCUAUCCACCGGAUAAAUCACUAUCCAGCGGAUAAGUAUUUGGGAAACCAAUCGCACUAUCCACUGGAUAGAGAUUUAUCAACCGGAUAGCGCUAUCCACCUUUUGAGCAACUGGUGCCAGGAGGGUACUCCUUUCUUAAUAUCACCUACACAGGGUGGCUCUGCUUUUUUAGGCUUCAGGUAUAUGAAAGGGUAGGGACAUAUGUAAUUUUGGUCUGUAAAUAGGCCCAAACAGCUAACAGAUGCAUUUUCCCUUGUAAAAAUUUAUUAGCGAUCGCGGCGUGAUUGUGCAUAUCGCAGCGCGAUUUAGAUUAAUCGCGCCCGCGAUAGCGACGCGGUGAUCGCGAUCGUGGCGAGGUUAUAGCGAUCGCGGCGCGGUGAUCGCGAUCGCGAACGCGACGCGGUGAUCGCGAUCGCGGCGCGAUGAUUUUGAUCGCGGCGCGAUAUCAGCGAUCGCGAUGCAAUUGAAGUAAAUCGCGCUGGCAAUAGCGACGCGAUGAUCGCGAUCGCGGUGUAGUGAUCGCGAUCGCGACGUGGUGACACUACGCGGCGCGAUCGCUAAUAAAUUUUUACAAGGGUUAUGGCUGUGAAAAAGUGGUAAAACAUUCUGGUUUUGUGAUUUAAUCGUAAUUAAAAGACUGUGCGUUUGAAAGGGAUGCAAAGUUGUAAACAAGGUAUGUGAAAGGAGUACCAUUUGUCAAUAGAAGGUACAUGAAAGGGGUACCUUUUCGUUAAAAAAAAGGCAUACAAUGGACCUCAGGACAGAGCCUUCCUGUACAAAACUUUAAUUUGUUGAGUAACCCCCCAGGACUUUUGAUAUUUAACUGAGAAAGACUGUGUUAAACAGUGCCCAUUUUACGUUUUGGGCUAAUGUGCUUAUUCUGCCAUCAAGCUGAAUUGUGGAGUAACCAUGGAUUAUGAAGCAAGUGAUCCUGAGAUGCCACAUCUACUUUCAACCCCUCCCCCCUUGUCUUCUUCCUGCUUGGCUCUCAUGAAAAUCAACCUUCAAUUUAAGAUACUUCAUUUUUUAUUUUUGUUAUCUGCAGUAAAAUCACAUAUGGCUUUAAUGAUCAAGCUUCCAUAAAAACAACUAGUUGCAAUGUGACCUUAUGCCUUUGCGACAUAUGAAGCUGAAUAUGCAAGGAUUUGGGGUGCAAAUUUUCCUGAGCUAAUCAUUAUGAAUAACUUUUUCCCUCUUCUAGGGUGCUGGAGAUGCAUUUAUUGGGGCAAUGGCAUUUUAUAUGGCUAAACACUCAACACUUCCAUUUGAAGAAAUUGUACGUAGAUCUGGAGAAAUUGCCAGAGCAACUGUCUUAGCUCCAGGAACUCAGACUAGCUACCCCACGAGAAAAGAAUUGCCACCUUCUCUCUUUAAUGAUUACGUUCCAAGGGGCAGAUUUUCAUCAAAGUGAAUGUGAAUCCACUUUAAAAAUCCAGAAAGGAGAGGAAUUGAAAAUUAUUUUUGAUUGCUUAUUCUUCUUGGUCCACUCAAAGAAGAGCAGUUCUCAGAAUAUAUUAAAAUUAUUUUUUUAAAGGAGAGGAAACAAAAGAGCAUUACAAUGACGCUGGUUUGUUGAUCUUUUGCUCCGGCUGAAACUUAGGCCAUGUUCAGACUAUCCUUGCAUAGCUUUCGCGCUAGUGUGAAAAUUAGACUGGAGAGGGCUUCAGUUUAGACUUGAGAAGGGUGAUUUAGGUGUGAUUUCUGUAACAGAGCGAAACUGCCCCUUGCCAAUCUUGAAAGUAAAGUGUCACAUAUUGGAUAGGUUCUGUGGCACACCCUUGUACAGUGUGAACAGUUACUCGUCCGUUGUGGAAGUGGAUAAGUAGGAGUGGGGACUAAGAACCACCGAGAUGGAAGUAAAUGUUCAAGAC